ACAUAGUGUGAACCUGGCUUGUAUAUCAUCUACUGCUUUGUCAGCACUGUUCUUGGUUUAGCACUCCAUAAUGACAACCCCCAACUCAUACUUCGUCCCCGGAUAUGGCAUUUCUCGGGCUGUGAUCCAGAAUGAGAUAAGAUAUCAUUGUGGUCCCGAUGCAAUCGUCAGACCGUACACAUUCCAAGGACGAGACGGCUUUCUCAUAUCGACUAUUGGACCGCCAUUGACAAAGGCGCAAAUCGAGGACCUGAAGAUGUCAUCGCGCGAGUACGAAGAGAAGCAGUCACGCAUAGCCGGCGAACAUGACGUCUUCGUGAACGCACCCAUACCCAUCAAUCAAAGGAUACGACGCAGCCAAUAAGCCACGCUUCAGUCAUGAUCGAGCUCUCCAUUUUGGCAUCGGAGCCAUAGAGCAGCCGGCCUGGCUCUUUUACGGACCUUACACCUCAUACGUUCGUUGAAGGUCCCCGAGGACGAGUGAUAAUUGCCGAUGCCCGACCGAUGCAUAUGUCGUAACGAGUCUUCUUUCCAAGCGUCAUCGUUGCCAGAUUCUGGCCUGUUAUCAUAGUAUUGGCUUUGGAGGAAGCCGCAAUGCUUUGACAUCGCUGCUUUUGUUGUGUUUCCGCAUUCUGAGUUGUAGAUGUAUCAACAGGCAGCUCUGGCCAAGCAGCUCUAGUUCAAGAGACAGGGCAGAACCAGACACCGAAAUACGCCACGAACAAUAUGUUCCUUGGAACGACGGGGCAAGCGCCAGGGCCAGGGUAGCUCUCAAGGUAGAUCUCGUAGGUAAAUCUCAGAUCUUGCUGGUACGAAUUCCGAAC